CAAAUCGUAGUCAUGAACAGCCUCCAGAUGGGCAUCAAAGUAGUCGACAUGGGUUAUAAGUUUCGGUGCUGGAGAGCACGGCUUCCCAGUGAACUCUUCUCUUUUCUUUCUGUUCACCCCCCUCCGCUUUUUUCUUCGGUUUUCUUCUCUUUUACUUUUACAAUCUUUUUUUCGUUCAUCUGGAAAUGAACACCCUCUUCGUCUUCCUUCUUGUAUCGCUGUGCGGUAUCACCAACGCUCUUCACCUCCCGGUCGUCGCCCGUCGCCAGCAGCAACACAACAGUGGUGCCAUUAAUGUGCAGAAGCUGCACAUUGCCCAGAAUGUGGAGAAUGCAAGGGAUAUAGUGUAUGCUACGAAUAUCACACUUGGUGGCCAAACGUUCCCCAUCCAGUUGGACACCGGCUCGUCGGAUCUCUGGGUGUUGCCCCCAACCCCCCUCAGCUUUACCAAUACGACCGAUAUUGAGGUUGACCUGACGUUCGGUAUUGGUGCGGCCAAUGGGACCAUUGUAUUUGCCGACGCGACUCUCGGCCCUUACACAGUCCCCUCGCAAGCGAUGAUGAACGCCACGAUCGCCACGGACUUUGGUGCGAUCUUUGACAACGGCAUCAACGGCAUCCUCGGUCUUUCCUUUGACCUCGGUUCGAGCGUUUUCAUCGAGACCGUCGAGGCUUUUGGCGAAGGCAACCAGCAGGGCCUCAACUUCAUAUCGCGCGUGUUUGCACAGAACGCCUCCGCGCCAAACCUAUUCACCGUCCUGCUUGGUCGCUCGAACGACGAGGAUGGUCCUGAGGAAGGCGCGUUCACCAUCGGCGAGUACGUGGAAGGCUUGGAGGAGGUUGCAAGCCAAACGAAGCUCUACCGCACGCCUGCGCAGACGGUGAACAUCACUGACACCCCGCGCUGGUCCGUCAUCAUGGAUAGUAUGAUCGUCAACGGCCAGAAGUUCCAAUUCAACCAGUCGAACGUCGAUGGGAUUGAUGCCGGCAAGCAGGUUGUUGUCCUCGACACGGGUUUCACGAACUCCCAGAUCCCGCCUGCGGCCGUGGAUUUCAUUUAUAGCAGCAUCCCUGGUGCAACUUUUAACUCGACUAGCGGAACCUGGAACGUUCCUUGCGAGAACACGACUAGUCUAGUGUUCGAGUUCGGCGGCCAGAGUAUUCCGAUCCACCCUCUUGAUAUCACCACUGUCUCGAGCAACGGAAACGAAACCUUCUGCACCAAUACUUACAGCGUGCUGAUGAACACUGCCAGUCCGAUCAACUUGCCUCCUGGCGCCGUCUCUGGCUUCGACUUCAUCUUGGGUGACUCUUUCCUGAAGAAUGUCUACACUUCCUUCGACUACGGUGACUUCACCCCGGAUAACGCCACUGCCGAUGUUCCCUUUGUCCAAAUGCUCUCCACGACGGUCCCGAGCGAUGCCAUGAACGAGUUCGCGGAGGUUCGCGCGCAGCAGGUCGCAAAUAACAACGCCCAGCUCGCUGCGCCUUCCAACAGCACCGGCUCGCUCUCGAUCUACGGCGGUGUCAGCAGGCAACCGAUGCCUCCCGUCCGGGCGAACCUGAACACGCUCGCACGGCGUCUCCCGCACGAGCGCGCCGCACGCAUGCGCAUUGUCGUCACCCAGGCGCGCCCCGCGAUGCACAUGCGCGUCGUGCACUAUGUCGCAGGCUGCACGAUGCAGAUGGCGGCUUCCUUCGGCCCCGUUGCCCUCGCGCUCCUCGCGGGCACUUUCGGCAUCGCCUUCAUGAUAUUCGUCGUCAGUGUUGCGCUUGGUGUGCGGGAGCUUGUCCGUUAUAGGCGCGCGGCCGCCGGGUACACGCCACUGGACUGCGAGGCGAAGGACGCCGAGGUGGUGUUUGAUGCAGAGCAGUACAACCACCAUGUUAUGACCCAACCUACGACUACGACGACACCACCACCAUAUCCCUAAGUUAUCCAUAUUCUUUACUUUGGGCGUACGCUCGAUCCUGUCCUUACAAUAGUACUUGAUUAAUUCUGAUAAACCGAGUGACUACAAUCUGGGACCAAUUAUCUGUAAUCCACAGAGCUAAAGGCGACGCAGAUGUAAAAAUAGUAGCUCGAUACUUGGGAUGCGCUGCGAUAAAUAACACAAUGAGGUGUAUCGACCGACGAAACAACUAGCUACUGGGAUGGAUAAACUUGGGAGUGCACGGUGGAAAGCUAGUUCGAUAGAUAACGAUAGCUAAACGAGACCAAGAAAGCUAUGACUGUCUCUUUGACAGGCCCAACCAAAAUAAUAGAGAAAUCGAAAUGAGCUUACAAUCUGGCGGUAGAAUUCUACUUUCCACUGGAAAUCCUCCUAUUGCGCUGCUUGGAUGCACUUCGCUGUUGGCGCAUCUCUUCGCGGGCGCGCAUGCGUUGCUUCCGGAGGCUCGUCAUCAUCUCCUUCGCAACCGGCGAUAGCUCUGUCGACGACGCGGGUGAUGGCGGCUCGCCGUGUACAAGAUUUGGAUGGCGCUUGUCGAAGAUGGUGCGCAGCGGGACAGCGGGUGGGCUGUUCUCCUUGUCCUUGUCUUCACGCAGGACCUUACGCGCCUGUUUCUUGGCAUGUGUCAUGCGCGUGCUGUUCUCAUCCCCGUCGUGGCCACCCAUGCUCGAGGAUUGCGACACGACACGACGUUUAUGUUGGCGAGUGGGCAUAGGAGUGCAUGGGUCACAUGGCGGCUUCGGUAUACGCGAGCGAUUUGCUGGCGUGGGAUCAGGCGUAGGGAGCUCCGUGGUGGCAUCGCGGGUGGUGCGUUCGUGCUUGAUGCGAAGAUCGGUAGGCGGCUCGCCGCGCGUCUUCGAAGUGUUUUGAGAUCGCGGACGUGGUCCACGGAGCAUCUUGCUCGAGUUUGAAGCGCUAGCGAUCGUUUGUGCAUCCCCAGUGAGUUGGGGGAGAGCUUGAAUCUGAAGGAUACUGGGAGAUAUUGGACGCUCCAUAGGAGGAGGGGAAACAGAAGAUUGAGUAGGGUACGACAGGUUCAGGGUAUCUGUAGAGCGGGACAACGGAUUGAAAGCGGGCGUGAGCUUCGUGAUGGUGGCAGUGUGUAUUUGUGCUAAAGAGGGCAUGGAGAUAUCGCUGGUGUUGGGGCUAGAUGUAGCUGGUUUCGGAAGAGGAGCUGCAGGAAGAGGAGGCAAAGGGGGAAUAUCGUCCUUAGGCGGAAUAGACAGGGCGUAUUGUGAGUGAGCAGAUUGGCUACGCUGCCGCUCCAAGACAGAUCUCCUCCGAUGAGGUAAAAAGCCGAAGACCUCGGCAGCGCGCUUCGGGGAGGAAGGGUCUUCCACCCUACUCUCCUCGAUAACGGAAGGCAGUUCGCGGUCAGUACUUUCACUGACUUCAACCUCCAUGGAGGAGAUGAAAGGGUAGUUGACCGACGCAUCCUGUGAUACUUCGGAAGAGAAUGUAAAGUCUGGAAAGGAGGGCUUGACAGUGGAAGGAUUGCGUGUUGAAAGAGUGUCUUUAGGUGUUUCUACUGGAGCAGUAGAUGCAAGCGAGUGGGUGCUACCUGCAUGUUCGCUACAGAUAGUAAUGAG